CUGCUUUAAAAUUAGAACAUUUAAUUUUAAUUUAAUUUAAGCUGUCCUAGUUCCGUUACUUGAAACCUCUCUCUUCAUCAUCCAAAACAAAUAUCCUCGAGAAAAAAAAAAAUUUCCGGAGUUGCUCACAUCCGUUUGUAUGGCGUUUCCUCUUCGUGUCUAACAGUGCUUCAUUUCCAUUUCCUCUUCUGCUUGCCUGGGAAGAUCAUAUCCUUUAUUAUAGGAGAAAAUGGAUGAAAACAACGCGGCAAAGGUAACCGGGAUCAAGCAGAUUGUGAGGCUAAAGGAGAUUCUACAAAAAUGGCAAACUGUCACAAUAGGGUCAAAGUCAGAUGAUACAGAGUUAGGAGCUAGAAAGCACACAGCCAUCAUUUCACCGGUUAUCAACAGAAGGCUAUUCGAUUUGAAGACUUGUGACUCGGACGAGGAGACUAGCCAAAGUCUCGAGCCACCGCCUGAUGUCCCUGAAGGGAAUUUGGCGGUUUAUGUUGGACCCGAGCUCCGGAGAUUUAUAAUACCAACAAAUUUUCUUAGCCACUCUCUGUUCAAGGUGUUGCUCGAGAAGGCUGAGGAAGAAUACGGAUUUGACCACAGCGGCGCGUUAACCAUACCUUGCGAGGUCGAGACUUUCAAGUUCUUACUUAAGUGCAUUGAAAACCAUCCUAAAGAUGACACCUCAGCUGGAGAUUCAUUAGAAACGGAAGAGUAAAUAACAAGUCAGAUAUAAAUUUCCUCUUUUCUCAUUUGUUACCAUUCCUUUUAUAAAUUGUAUUAGGACUGAUGCAUGACACCCAAUGGUAAAUUGUAAAAUCAGUUUCUCUUUGUAUUUUUCUGCCUUGUUCCUUUUUCUACUUCUCCAUUGUUUUUUUUGCACAAGGAUGAGUAGAGAUGAUUUCUUUAAAAAUAUUGGCGAAUUGAUCAUUGAUGUCAUGGAAUCAAUGUGAUGGAGAUUGUUUAAUUCAAAACUAUCACGUGCCUGAGAUCUGUUUAAUGGAG